GUGAAGUGUGGGCGAACUGACCCAAGUGCUGCCGAACGUCCUUCGGUGGCUUGUCGUCGGUCGGGUAGGGACCGACCGUGUUCGGUAAUAGUCGGCGUCUUCGGUACUUGUCUAGCGCUGUUCGGUGUCUCCCCAAAGCUUCCCGAAUACCUCCCUCGGACCCUAGCGCGGGUGCAUGCUCAUCAUCUCCUCCCUACUGAAAUCCUGACUGUCCUCAGUCAGUGGUCGGUGGCUAUGAGUUGGAGCGGAAAAAGUGGCGUGGGAAGACUAGCUGUGGUGUGCGCAACAGUGAUUGAAGCGGAGUCGGCAAAGUCCCGUGGCGUGGAGACUGGGGUGGAGGCGUGGAAAAAACUUGAGUGGGAUCGGAUUAGGUGA